UCACAAGUGGGAGAGGAGAGGAGAGGAGAAGAGAGGAGAGGAGAAUCCUUCCUUCCUUCCUUCCUUCCUUCCUUUUUUCCUUCCUUCCUUUUUUCCUUCCUUCCUUCCUUCCUUCCUUCCUUCCUUCCUUCCUUCCUUCCUUCCUUCCUUCCUUCCUUCCUUCCUUCCUUCCUUCCUUCCUUCCUUCCUUCCUUCCUUCCUUCCUUUUUUCCUUCCUUCCUUUUUUCCUUCCUUCCUUCCUUCCUUCCUUCCUUCCUUCCUUCCUUCCUUCCUUCCUUCCUUCCUUCCUUCCUUCCUUCCUUCCUUCCUUCCUUCCUUCUUUCCUUCCUUCCUUCCUUCCUUCCUUCCUUCCUUCCUUCCUUCCUUCCUUCCUUCCUUCCUUCCUUCCUUCCUUCCUUCCUUCCUUCCUUCCUUCCUUCCUUCCUUCCUUUUUUCCUUCCUUCCUUUUUUCCUUCCUUCCUUUUUUCCUUCCUUCCUUCCUUCCUUCCUUCCUUCCUUCCUUCCUUCCUUCCUUCCUUCCUUCCUUCCUUCCUUCCUUCCUUCCUUCCUUCCUUCCUUCCUUCCUUCCUUCCUUCCUUCCUUCCUUCCUUCCUUCCUUCCUUCCUUCCUUCCUUCCUUCCUUCCUUCCUUCCUUCCUUCCUUCCUUCCUCCCUAGCUCCCUAGCUCCCUAGCUCCCUCCCUCCCUCCCACGCAGCAGCAGCAGCGCAUCCCAGCAUCCGUCAGCCUUCUAUGCACGGCCGUCCGUGCAAGCAAGCAAGCGUUUCUCUCGUUGGCGAUGUGCGGAGUCGUCAGCAGUGCAUGAGCGGGAUAUUGCUUGCGACGAUGGGAGAGGACUGGCGGAUACUCUUUGGAGUCAUGCUGCCCACUUUGACGGGCGUUCUUCUGGGCUUCAUCACUUCUUCCGUGUGUGCAGUGGAAGAUACAGUGAUGGAUACAAGGACAGCAACAGCUGAACUGGGCUGGAUAUCAUUCCCUGCCAAUGGAUGGGAGGAGGUGAGCGGCUACGACGAGAACCUCAACACCAUCAGGACGUAUCAAGUGUGCAAUGUGUUUGAGGCCAGCCAGAACAACUGGCUCCUCACCACCUACAUUGACAGAAGGGCGGCGCUGAGAAUCUACGUGGAGAUCCGCUUCACUGUACGAGACUGCGCCUCCAUCCCCAGUGUCCUUGGCUCCUGCAAAGAGACGUUCAACCUCUACUAUUUGGAAACAGACAGGGCCGUGUCAGAGGCCGUCCGAGGGGUGGAAUAUUGGGCCAAUGCCCCCUUUCUCAAGGUGGACACCAUCGCAGCAGAUGAGAGUUUCUCCCAAGUGGAUUUUGGCGGCAGGUUAAUGAAGGUGAACACAGAAGUUCGGAGUUUUGGCCCACUGUCCAAAGGAAAAGGCUUCCAUUUGGCUUUCCAGGAUCUGGGAGCUUGUAUGUCCCUUCUUGCUGUCCGGGUUUUCUACAAAAAAUGCCCCAGCAUCGUUCAGAACUUUGCUUACUUUCCAGAGACGCUGACCGGAGCAGAAUCCACGUCGCUUGUCAUUGCUCGAGGAAGCUGCGUCCCCAAUGCAGAGGAAGUGGAUGUGCCCAUCAAACUUUACUGUAACGGCGAUGGCGAGUGGAUGGUACCCAUUGGCAGCUGUAGCUGUAAGGCGGGUUAUGAACCAGACAGUGACAACUUGUGCAGAGCUUGUCCGCAGGGCACCUUUAAAUCAUCCCAGGGGCCCGGAUUAUGUCAGCAAUGUCCGCUCAACAGCCGCUCCACCAUCGAAGCGGCCUCCCUUUGCGCUUGUCGCAAUGGCUACUAUCGGGGCGAUAUGGACAAGCCGCACGACCUGUGCACCAGCGUCCCUUCAGGUCCUCGUAACUUGGUCUCGGUCGUUAACCAGACGUGGGUGCAACUGGAGUGGCAGCCGCCGCGCGACGUGGGUCAUCGCCAAGACUUGACCUACAACGUGUUGUGCCAGCGCUGUCACAGUCGCGAGCGACGGCUGUGUCAGCCGUGUGACGACAGCGUGGCCUACGUUCCGGCUCGGAGGGGCUUAAAAGGAACCAAGGUGGAAAUCAGCAAGCUGCGAGCCCACACCUCGUACGUCUUUGACAUCGAGGCAGUAAAUGGAGUUUCCAAUAAGAGCCCUCAUCCCGCCCAUCAGGUGUCAAUCAACAUUACAACCAAUCAAGCUGCUCCCUCCGCGGUACACACAAUGCACCAAGUGAGCUCAACCUGCCGCAGUUUCUCCUUGUCGUGGCCGCCCCCUGAACAGCCCAAUGGAAUCAUCCUGGACUACGAGAUCCGAUACUAUGAUCAGCCCUCCUUACUUCCUCAUCCGUUCGCCGUCACUCUUGGAGAUAACGAACGAGUGAGCCUACUUGGAAGCAGAGCGCUAGCGUGGGGUCGGUCUAGUUGGGUUCGAACCGACUCGCCCUGGGCGCUGGCUUCUGAUAUGUUAUCAACAAGAUGGGCGCUAAUGGAAACCGAGUCUCAACCGUCAGAGUCCAACAGUUCGCUAGUUUGGAGCCGGACCCCCGGUGUGAUUCUGGAGGGGCUGAGGCCGGGUACCGGCUACGUGGUCAAGGUCAGGGCUCGCACCGUGGCCGGCUACGGAGCCUACAGUAAAGAGAUGCUCUUCCAAACGCUCCCUGAUGAGGAGUUCAAGUCAGACCUUGGACAGCAGCUCUCCUUGAUUGCAGGCUCCUUAGUAGGCGGAGUUUGUAUCGUUUCUCUGGUAGCCAUCGUCAUCAUAUGUACCAGGAGAAGGCAGUUGAAAGAAAGUGCCUUUGGUGACAAGCUGCAGCAGUACAAUGCUGAGGGAGAGGUGGGGCUGAGAAGUGACAUGUUUAGUGGUCCUACCCCCACGGUGACCUUCCCCACCAUGUCUGAUGGUCACAGUUCACCGGGGGUCAAGAUAUACAUUGACCCUUUCACCUACGAAGACCCCAACGAGGCUGUUCGGGAGUUUGCCAAGGAAAUUGAUCCCUCGUGUGUCAAGAUAGAGGAAGUCAUCGGUUCGGGAGAAUUUGGAGAGGUGUACAAAGGGCGACUAAAGCCUGUGGGCAAAAGAGAAAUUCCUGUUGCCAUUAAAACUCUGAAGGUGGGCUACUCUGAGAGGCAGCGGCGGGACUUCCUGUCUGAGGCCUCCAUCAUGGGCCAGUUUGACCAACCAAACAUCAUCAGGCUGGAAGGGGUGGUCACCAAGAGUAGGCCCACCAUGAUCAUCACAGAAUUCAUGGAAAAUGGAGCUCUUGACUCAUUUCUCAGACAAAACGACGGGCAAUUCCCAGUCAUCCAGCUGGUCGGUAUGCUGAGAGGCAUCGCUUCUGGAAUGAGGUACCUGGCCGAGAUGAGUUACGUUCACAGAGACCUGGCGGCUCGCAACAUCCUGGUUAACAGCAACCUGGUGUGUAAGGUGUCUGACUUUGGCUUGUCUCGUUAUCUGGAGGAAGAUACUUCGGAUCCCACAUAUACGAGUUCACUGGGGGGGAAGAUCCCGGUGCGGUGGACGGCCCCAGAGGCAAUCGCCUAUCGGAAGUUCACGUCGGCUUCAGAUGUUUGGAGCUACGGGAUCGUCACCUGGGAGGUCAUGUCGUAUGGCGAAAGGCCUUACUGGGAUAUGAGUAACCAAGACGUGAUUAAUGCCAUCGAGCAGGACUUCCGCCUGCCGGCUCCCAUGGAUUGUCCGACGGUUCUCCACCAGCUGAUGCUUGACUGCUGGCAAAAAGACAGGAACGCUCGACCAAAGUUCCCGGACGUUGUCAACAUGUUGGACAAAAUGAUCCGCAACCCCGCAUCCCUGAAAGCCGCCAGCAACAAUGUUGCGCCCGGUCCUUCCCAUCAUCCUUUGUUAGACGGCGGUGCUCCAGAUCUGAGCCGCUUGAACUCUGUGGAGGAGUGGCUGGCUGCACUGAAGAUGAGCCAGUACAGAGAGUCCUUCUUUGGAUCGGGCUUCACCUCCUUGCCGCUCGUCACUCAAAUCACGGCCGAAGACCUCCAAAGGAUCGGGGUAUCUCUUGCCGGACAUCAGAAGAAAAUCCUGAAAAGUGUUCAGUCGCUGAGGCGCCACAUGGAUGAGCAGUCUCCUACUGAAUCUGUUUAAUGGCCAAUGUUUUUUGGUAAGGGCGGUGUGCUCUACUUUUGCACGUGUACAUGCCAUGCCAUGCCAUCCCUUCCCCUCCCUUCCCUUCCUCUUCCUCGCCAACGCGGUCCAGACUCUGCUCUGCUCUUCUCUACUGGCUUCCGUUUCAACGCAAUGUCUCGAUGGAAGUGAUUCAAUGCACAUUUGCAGGGUCAGCAGCUCUUCAAGUGGUUCAAAAGGCAUGUGGUCUUUCCAAGCCCUGCUCUGCUCUGCUCUGCUCUGCUCUGACCUGCAUAAAAGCCCGUUUCCAUUGUGAUUCAAGGACAGACAGCGCCACUUUAAGUAGCCAUUGUACAAAGAUGCUAGGGAGGGGGAAAUAGGGAUCUCCAAAGAAUAACCAGUGGUGUCAACCUAAAACUGUCCAAAAAGCACAUGAAAUGGUUCUUGUGUCAAAAGACCAAAAGUGAGAACCCAUGAUGAAGUGAGACUGUGACCAGCUUCUUUCUCUUCAUGUUGAAGAAUGUCUACCUAUUAUGAUAUGGGCUGUUUAUCUGCCAAUUUGUUUUAGGACUGGGAUUACUGUUUUUCACAAUGAGCGGCGGCUGUGUUUACAUGAACAACCAAGUUUGACGUACAUUUCCUGCUCUCUCCUUUUGAUAAUGAAAAGAGGAGAUCACAGCUUCCAUGCAAUGGCUGGCCUACUUGAAGAAUUCAGUCAGAGUGCUGUUGUUCAAAUCAGCACAAAUAUCCUCGGAAGCCCAGACACUAUGGGAAAGACGCAUUCAAUACAAGAUUUAUUUAUUUAUUUUUAUUUUUUUGGACAUGCACAAGAGCAACAGACAGGCCACAGUAUACAACUCAUGUAUUCAAAUGAGGUCUUCCUGUUGUGCACAAAAUGCAGUCGAUGGCAAAGUCUCAUUCCGUUCAGCUGCAAUAGCGACACUCGACAGGAGCUCAGUCAUUUCUUUAGCACCUGAACAUGUCACAUGCGCAAAUCAAGUGACUUUUGUACUUUGUGUGGAUGAUGAUGAUGAUGAAACCUUUGGAUGAGUCGGAUUGUUCUACUCACUGCUCAUCCCAUGGGACAUUUGUGAGCGAUGGAUGGAUGGAUGGAUGGAUGGAUGGAUGGAUGGAUGGAUGGAUGGAUGGAUGGAUGGAUGGAUGCAGUUAUUUCAUGUCAAUAACUCGAGCCAACAUUCAAGCAUCGCGUGCCAUUGCCAAUAACACUGUACUAUAAUGGCACACUCGUGUAUAUUAUGAUGCCGGCGUGUAAAUGGGUGUAUUAUACAUACUUUGUGUACUGUUCAGUGUACCUAAAACAUGUUUGGUGAGUGCAGGUUUGUAGAUGUUAUCUUUUUGGAACCAAUACACUUGUAAUGCAUUGUUGAUCAAUAAAGUCAAUCAAGCUGUCUUUUUCAACAAA